UGUUUCUCUUCAAUUCUCCCCCAUAACAUAACCCUUUUUUCCCACAUUUUCUUCCACAAACUUGUACAUAAAUACACCCAUUAUUUCCCAUCAUUUUGUUGUGACACUCACACACACUACAAAACCAUGAAUGAUCUUCAUUAUUCUUCCCUUCUCCUUGGUAGUAGUAGUUUGGAUUAUCACAACCUUAACCUUGGAGUUAUCAACGCGGACAAAUUCUCUUUAAUGAUGCCAGCAAUGUAUGAAUAUGGGAGUAGUAGUGAACCAUCAUUCUCAACUGCUACUCAGGAUUCUUCUGCUGAUCAUCAUUUCUCAACAGGGUAUCUUCAAGAUGCUUUGCUUGAAUUCGGGGAUCGUUCCAAACGUAGGCGCUUGCUGCCAAAUGCUGACAAUCAUCAUCAUCAACAAUAUUCCAACACUAGUAGUAGUGAUCUUGAAAAGAGCUUGUGGAACUUGAACCCCACAUACUGCAUGAACCAGAAUAUAGAAAGCAUUUUUGGACUUUCAGAUGAGGACAUAAUAAGCACAUUUUGGAGCAGAAUAAUGAGAGAGGAAGCAAAGAUUCUUGUAGAAGAAGAGACAACAACAACAACUACUACUAAUACUACCAUAUUAUCAGGCUCUGAAGAAGAAUCUCCUAAUUCAUCCUCAUCUUCCAAACUAGAACUUGUUACCAAGAAUGAUGAAGAAGUGAUGAUGAGAAACAAGAAGAAGAAGGAGGAGGAGGAGAUGAAGAAGUCAAGAAGUAGUAGAAGAAGAGUGGUGUAUCCAUUUGCAAUGGUGAAGCCAGGAGGAAGAGAAGGAGAUGUGACACUGAAUGAGAUAAACGAGAGGAUACUAAUGGCGCCAACAAGGCCAGUGAGGCACCCAGUUGGAGACUAUGCAUGUCGGCCAUGCGUGUCUGCAGUUCAAGGUAGCCCAGGCCUUUCAGGGAAAGCUGUGGUGGCCCUUACCAGAAUCCACACUCUUGGAAGAAGAGGCACCAUCACCAUUAUCAGAACCAAAGGCUGAUACUAUAGUUAUUAGUACCUUAGCUUCAAAUAAUUCAAUUGUAAAUUAAAGUAGUAUCCAUUUGUAUCAUAUAUAAUAUAAUAUCAUGUGGUUGCUUAGCUUGCAUUGUAUUUGUAUGUGUUAAUAUAUAAAGCUGCUAUCCUAUGCUGUUGUUUUCUGAGAUUGAGGUCCCAACAUUAU